CAAAAACGACGACGCACCGGGGCUGCGCAUCGUAGUUGAGUGACGCAACGCAACGCAACGCAACACAACACAAAUCAAAACAAACCAACGAAGCGCAACCACGAUGGGUUCCGACGAUUUGCAAGACCAGCUCAGCCACUACGCAAAGUUCGUGGAAACCGUUCUGAAGCCGAAGCUCUCGAGCGCAGAAUCGGAAGCGGGCGUGGUUCGGGCCGAGAUUGCGGAGUACCGCGAAUUGAAAGCAAAGGCGGACGAGCGCACCAAAAAGGGCUUGGCCGGCGAGCCGCUCGAGGCCCUGGUCGACCUGGGGCACGGAGCCCUGUUUUGCAACGCGGUGGUCCGCGAUCCGGACAGGAUGUUCGUAAAGGUCGGGCUGGGAUUCCACGCAGAAAUGACCCUCGCCGAGGCCUCGGAGUUCGCUUCCAAGCGAAUUUCCUAUCUCCGGGCCAAUCGAUUGGAAAAGAGGGAAUCCGAAAUCAAGGAGAUCCAGGGCCACAUCCAGUCGGCCUCGAUGAUUCUCGACCAAUUGCACGCAGAAAUGAGAAACUCGUGAGGUAGUGAAAGCUACGCAACAAAUACCGUUCGGAACUCUCUCUCUCUCUCUCUCGGAUAGAUGAUAAUCAUUGGAGAGCAAUCGAAACUUCUCUGCCGCUUCUACCGCUAUUGCCUGGAUGCCACGAAUUCCCUGCAAUGAUUCUCUGGGAGUUCUCUAUGCGACAUUGAGCUCCCGCUUCUCUUCCCUUUGACGCAAAGCAUACAGCCAGAUGAUUCUCAUCGACUAGGUUUCCUUUCGAGAAUGCUCUCGUCAAAAUCAAAGUCCUACUGGAUGGAUCGAAAGACAGAGAGACAAAGAGCUGACAACAGAAAACUACGACAACAAUAGAUAUUGUUCUGUUUG